AUGGCGUCCCAGCAUGGCUGUAUGCAGUUUCAGCGGCUGGUGGAGAAGGAUCAGCAAUACAUCCGUCAGACCUCCAAUGACAUAUUGAAACUGCAACCUAAGCAGCGGCUAGAUGCCCGUCCAUUCAGGUAGUCCCUUUUGCGAGGCUUGAGCCAACGUGAUUUCAGUCAUGAUGCUGAAUAUUCCAGUGUUUCCGCAACCUCUUUUCUUUUGUUUUGACAGGCUGAUCACUAUUUUAGUUCGCUACAAUGCAGUUUCACACACGCAUACUUCCUCCGAGAUGUUUUUUUUUCCCCUUCCAUUUGUUUAAUAUAGUGGAUCCCUGAUUCUUCCACAAUGCCUCAUGCUCGCGUUGGUUUGUGAUGAUUUAGUAAAGAGACUGGUGAAAUUGGGCUCUACCUUUCUCAUUUUCUUCUCUAUCAUAAAAUAAUCAUGCUAAAGCUUCAUAAUUUUAACUAUCAUCAUCGUCUUUUUUUCAGAUCACGCCAUCAAUUUGCUGGCAAUGUUGCUUCUGCCUUCUGCAGUUUGUCAGGAUCGUCAAAAGAUGUUAACAAGCCAGUGGAGAAUUCUGCUCUUUCCUCUCGUGCUUCUUUUCUCAAUGCUCCGUCUCAGCAUGGAAAGUUAGAUGGGAAAACGUUUUGCUUUGCUGGAGUAUGUACAUUUGGUGAUACUGCUGUUGGAGCUUCUCCCAGUGUUUCAGAAGAGAAGAUCGGAGUAUUGCUGCUAAACCUCGGGGGCCCAGACACUCUGCAUGAUGUCGAACCGUUUCUGUUCAAUUUGUUUGCUGAUCCAGUACGUUAUCUAUCCUUCCUGUUCUUACAUCCUAAAACAUUGGUGCUGCUCAAGUUGUGGGAAGAGCAUUUCUUAACCUCUGAUCAACUGCGAGGGCCUAUCCAGCUCCCAACUAGGAUACACAUAAUGCCUGUGAUCAUUAUUAACUGGAGCUCAUACCCAGAUUUCUCAUGCUUUUCUUUCUUAAAUCAAUAGAGUCUGUGAUUGUAAAGCAGAUAUGUUGUUUAUGUUUGAUCUAUACAGUUUUCAUAAAAAAAAUUAACAAUCUUAUCUUUACAUUUUGCGCUUUGUAACAGGAUAUCAUACGACUUCCGAGGUUGUUUCGCUUUCUCCAGCAGCCGUUGGCCAAACUUAUCUCAGUUUCCAGAGCUCCGAAAAGCAAGGAAGGCUAUGCUUCCAUAGGGGGGGGAUCUCCCUUAAGAAAGAUAACCGAUGAGCAGGUACAGUUACUUUCUUCCUCCGUCUUUCUCUAUCUGUUUCGUGAAUCACCUUUAUGUUGUAUAAAAUUUCGAGCAGCUACAGCUUUUUUUAUGCCAUUUGUUUUCAUCCAAGCCAUGCUACACGAUUACUCCGAACGACAGUGCAUAGAAAGAAGCGUCAGGGGGUUCGAUGCAAUUCUUUGCUUUUUCGUUGACUUCUUUGAUCUUUCCCUUUUAUUGUUUCCUGGAAGUAACAGUGUUUUCAAGAACUGUCAAAGCAUUUAGCAGCAUAAUGAAUGUGCAAUGAGAAUCUGAUUUUUCAACCCAACACAAUUCAACUGAGACUCAGGUUAUUUUACCUCCUCAGGCACAUGCUUUGAGAAUGGCCUUGCAGGCAAAACAGAUCUCUGCAAAUGUGUACAUUGGAAUGCGAUAUUGGUACCCUUUCACCGAGGAAGCUAUUCAUCAGGUAAUUGUUCUCUUCCCUUUGGAAAGAAAAUGAAUUAUUUUUCUCAUAUUUUUAAUGUCAUGUAGAUCGAAUACAUGUGCUAUCAUAAUCAAUAAUUGGUCAGAAUACAUCUUGAUUCAUUCGUGAACUAGUGACAUCCUAUCCUUUUCGGCUGUCUUUAGUACAUUUUAUUGGAAGAAUGUUCCAUUGAUGUGGCUAGGAUUAGAGCAUUCUCCUAGGCUUUCGAGUUUUCUAAAUCAUCAGACAGCCGUAGGUUCUCAUGAUGUUAAAAUUGAAAUGAAUGAUCGAAUCGAGAGAUUCCCUGCUCUAUAUACAUAUACACACACACACACAGUCGUCAAAGGUUAGAACGAAUAGCCGCGGUUAGAAAUUAAUAAUCUGUACAUUUUGCUUAAGAUGGUUUCAAUCACUGCAGAAUGUAAAUUCUCAGAAACCUCGCUGGAGUGAAUUCAUUGGGGGGUGGGGUCAGUUCUGUUGAGCAUUGACAUUCUCAUGAACUGCUUUUUCGCAUGCGAUGUUACAGAUUAAGAGGGACAAGGUCACUAGACUAGUUGUUCUGCCGCUGUAUCCACAGUACUCCAUAUCAACAAGUGGUUCUAGCAUCCGACUUCUGCAAAGCAUCUUCAGGUAAAUCUUUUUUUUUUUUUCCAUUUUUUCUUCUGUAGCCGCUAGCUUCGUCUUUAUUCUGUUCUAUCUAUAUGCUUCAUGCGACAUGAAUGUCAAUAACGAAGCAACGUCUCUCAGGGAGGAUCCCCAUCUUGCAAGGCUCCCAGUCUCUAUCAUAGAGUCAUGGUACAAUCGUAGAGGUUACAUCAAAGCCAUGGCAACCCAGAUCGAGAAGGAGCUCAUGAACUUCUCUAGCCCUGAAGAGGUUUGCUCCCCUCCCAUUUGAAUGUCCUUUUCGCACCAAGCUUUAUCCAUGCGGGCAUCAUAAACAAUGAUUGAUUCGAUGGAAAUUCGCAUAUCCCUCACGAUUGAAAUAUAAUCCAACAUGUCAUUUCCAUGAUUGCAUUCAUGUGGGCUAUGCCAGGUCAUGAUAUUCUUCAGUGCACACGGGGUCCCACUCAGCUAUGUCAAAGAUGCGGGAGAUCCGUACAGAGACCAGAUGGAGGAAUGCAUCAGUUUGAUCAUGGCGGAGUUGAAGUCGAGAGGAGUUGACAACCCCCACAUUCUCGCAUACCAGGUACUGCUUUCAAGAUUUUACUCGUUAUUUUCAUCUACUCCUGCAGAUCAUCGCUUCCUGUCUCUAUUCUCUCUCAUCUGACUUCUUGGCCCCUGCGACUUUCGAAAACCAGAGCCGAGUUGGGCCAGUGCAGUGGCUGAAGCCAUACACGGAUGAAGUCAUCGUCGAGCUGGGCCAGAAAGGGACUAAAAGCCUUCUUGCGGUGCCAGUGAGGUAUGCUUCCCUCUGCCGACUCAUGCACCUCAGAUGUCAGACACCAAGGAAGAAACCCACUAAAGUCAAACCCUGCGUUUUUCUGGCAGCUUUGUGAGCGAGCACAUCGAGACCUUGGAGGAGAUCGACAUGGAAUACAGGGAAUUGGCCUUGGAAUCCGGAAUCGAAAACUGGGGCAGAGUGCCCACCCUCGGCUGCAACUCCUCCUUCAUCACAGACCUGGCGGACGCCGUGAUAGAAGCCCUUCCGUCCGCCUCAUCAAUGGCAGCCUCCAAGAACCCGAGAAUAGAAGUCGACGCAGAUCCAGUUCAGAGAGCGAUCAACGUGUUCUUCGGCUCACUCUUCGCCUUCAUCUUGCUGCUGGCGCCGAAGCUGCUUCUAGCAAUGAGAAACGCUGUUCCUUGA